AUGCUAAGCUUCGAGAAAGCGAAAGCAUACGCACCUCAAGAAGGAGGAACCGGUUUCUUCGAUGAUGGCCGCGAGAUUGAACUCCUCCAUUUCAUGUAUUCCCAUCCAACCCUUGAUAGCAUUCGGGGAUCACCCACAAAUGUACUCGCGGCCAUUGACGAGUUUGGGAGGACGAAGAAGUACCUGAUGAAUGUGGGAGAGGACAAGGGACGUAUUGUCGCCAACCUAAUAGCAGAAGUAAAACCUAAAGUCAUGGUUGAACUGGGUGGCUACGUCGGCUACUCCUGCAUUCUUUUUGGCGAUGCCGUUCGCAGAGCGGGCGGGCAGCAAUACUACAGUCUCGAACGCAACCCCGAGUUCGCUGCUGUAAUCACGUCUCUCGUCGAUCUAGCAGGCCUUUCGGAUACCGUCAAAGUAGUUGUAGGCUCGAGCGAUACAUCUAUUCAACGUCUGUACGAUUCCGGUGACCUUAAGCAUAUCGACCUCAUGUUUCUUGACCAUUAUAAACCUGCGUAUACUACCGACUUGAAGCUUUGCGAAGAGUUGGGUUUGGUAACAGUGGGGUCGGUCCUCGCGGCCGAUAAUGUAAUUAAACCAGGGAACCCUCCGUAUCUGGAGUACGUGAGGAGCAGUGUUAAGGAGAAGAGAGAAAAGGCUCAAGAAGUUGAGAAGGGUGGCGUUGAUGAGAGGUUUCCGGAGAAGAACGUUAAGAUGUACGAGAAGCGGUUUGGAGAGAGUAAAUUCAGUACAAGCAAAGGAAACCCGAAUUUAGUGUAUGAGAGUACUCUAUUUAAUAGUUUCGAGCCUACGGGCGUACCAGAUGGAGUUGAAAUUACCAAAUGUGUUGGAGAGGAGAAAUAA